AUGGCGAAGGCAAAGCUAAGAGUAAGAACGGUAAAGAUCAUCAAUGCUGAUAAACUGGUAAAGGUCCUUCAAUGUUCCUUGUUUGGACACCACGCCCUGUCAUCUUUCAUUAAUGUCAACAAACCAAGUAGCUACGCUAUCAAGACCUGUACACCCGCUGACAUCAUGCCUCUAGUGAAGCGGCUUAUAGAGCCAGUGUACAUAGCCAGGUCUAUACUCAACAAGCAAGUACGCAAUGAGUUAGAGGGUGUGACUGUCAACUCCCUCGCUGGAGUUAUACAGCAGCUCAGCUCUAUCUCUAAACAUGCAGAGGACCUCUUCGGAGAUUUGGUCAAUGAAGCUAGCUCGAUAUUCCAGCGCUCCACUCGACUAAGUCAGCGCGUACAGACAUUGUAUGAAAAGACCUCUCAACUCGACUCUGCUGUCAAGGAAGAAGUCACGGUGGAGGACUUCAGUCUCAUGACACACUUCAAGAGCAAGCGUCAAGAAGAGCAACAAGUGCUCAAUCCUAGCACUCUCCCACAAGCUCUCAAACUAGUGUACAGCUCGUGUGAUCAGCCGCCAGCCCUCUCCAAGUUCACUCCAUAUCGAGAUGAUGGUAAAGAUGGUAUCAAGUUCUACACAGACAGGAACUAUUUCUAUGACCUCUGGGUCCAGCAACAAACCCAGGCCAUCAAAGAUCGCAAAAAGAGGGAGAAAAAGAAACGUCGUCGUCGUGACAACCAGCCGACCAAAAAGGUCCGUGGAGUACAGAAGAAGAAGUUUGCUGCUGUUGAUGCGGAGUUCGUUACUGGGGAAACCAUACGUGUGUCUGAGGUCCCUUCAGAGGUUGCCAGGGCAACAGAACCACCCCCACCAGUACAGCCGAGCACAGCUCAAGAGCAUCGUCCCAUCUCUGGACCUCCCCCUCCGCCUCCUCCACCAGAGCCAACAGCCGCUGCUUACGGUGGUGCCCCCACAGCUCCACCACCCCCUCCACCCCCGGCACUUAUAGGAGGGGGUGGCAUGGUACCGCCCCCUCCUCCACCAAUGGCCAACUCACCAGCACUGGCUCAUUCUGCCUAUCCUCCUUACAGUGCCCCGCCCCCUCCACCACCGGCACUGGUUCCCAUGGCUCCUGCCCCGCCCCCACCACCAGUAGGACCAGCUGCUCCGCCCCCUCCACCUGUCCCCAGCCUUGGACCGCCCCCUCCUCCACCACCCGGACUAUCAGUUGCCAUGGUUGCCCCUGCACCAAUCAGAACACCUGAACCAGAUCCUCGCCAAGACUUACUCACUGCAAUCAUGAUGGGUAAGAAGCUUCGUAAGGUGGAGCAUAAGGACGAGGUGAAGAUGCAAGAGUAUGGAACAGAUGUAGCGUCCAUUCUCAAGCGCAGGAUUGUGAUGGAAGUGAGCGACUCUUCUGAUGAUAGCAGCAGUGACACCGAUGGCUCUUGGUCUGAUUAGAAUAUUGUGUGGACUAUACAAUAAUAUAGUGUGUAGUAGUUUAUAGCUAGAGAUUGGAACCAAAGAACUAGUUACCUCUGUAGCAGAUAGAUUGUUUUGUUGGAUUUCUUGUGUACACUGUAGAUCUGUAUUUUGCUAAAGAA